UAUAAACGAGCGCACCCUCUGCUCCUCCUCAUUGACUCUCGGUGAAUGAAAUAAACAAAGAGCCGGUGACUUCCCAGGAAAACAGACAACGCUCCUCGCAUUCCUCGAGAACAUGGACACUGGUUUGAGUCAGGAGAAGGUAGCCUCCUUCAUCAAGCGGCUGCAGGCUGAGCCACGUUACCUGUUGGCACAGAACGUUUCAACAUGCGUUGACCCAUUAGAGGUUUGUCUGCACAGACAGACUGUCCAGGAUACUGUGCACAUCUUCCAGCAUUCUAUCCCCACAGAGGGCAAGCCCGUCACCAACCAGAAAAACUCAGGGAGAUGUUGGAUCUUCUCGUGCCUCAAUGUUAUGCGACUUCCUUUCAUGAAGAAGUUUAACAUAGAGGAGUUUGAGUUCAGUCAGUCGUAUCUCUUUUUCUGGGACAAGAUUGAGCGCUGCUACUACUUCCUCCAAGCCUGUGUUGAUACAGCACAGAGGAAAGAGCCAGUAGAUGGACGUCUCGUCCAGUUCCUGCUCUCCAAUCCUACCAAUGAUGGAGGACAGUGGGACAUGCUGGUCAACCUCAUUGAAAAGUAUGGCGUCAUCCCAAAGAAAUGCUUUCCAGAGUCGCACAGCUCAGAGGCCUCACGCAGAAUGAACGACAUUCUGAAUCAUAAGCUGAGAGAAUACUGCCUUAGACUGAGGAACAUGGUGGCAAGUGAUGCUACUAAAGCUGAACUUUCUGAUGCUAUGGACACCAUGAUUGAGGAGGUGUUCCGGGUAGUCACUGUUUGUCUAGGCAGCCCUCCUGAGACCAUCAGUUGGGAGUACAGGGACAAGGACAAGAACUUCCACCGCAUGGGAGCACUCACCCCGCAGGAGUUUUACACCGAGCAUGUGAAACCCCUGUUCAACAUUCAUGACAAAGUCUGCCUUGUGAAUGACCCUCGGCCCCAGAACUCUUUUGGGAAGCUGUACAGUGUCGAGUUCCUCUCAAACAUGGUUGAAGGCCGCAAAACUCUGUACAACAACCAGUCAAUCCAGCUACUUAAAAAGGCGGCAGCAGAUUCCAUCAAGGAGGGAGAGGCUGUAUGGUUUGGUUGCGAUGUUGGGAAACAUUUCCACAGCAAGCUGGGCAUUAAUGACUUGAAUGUGUUCAACCAUGAACUUGUGUUUGGAGUUUCGGUGAAGAACCUAUCAAAGGCAGAGCGGCUGAUAUACGGAGACUCUCUGAUGACCCAUGCUAUGAUCCUCACUGCUGUCACAGACAAGGACGGGAAAGAAGGCUAUGAGAAGUGGAGGGUGGAGAACUCUUGGGGCGAUGACCGUGGGAACAAAGGUUACCUGAUCAUGACGGAUGAUUGGUUCUCCGAGUAUGUGUAUGAGGUGGUGGUAGACAAGAGGUUCCUGUCCCCUGAGGUCCUGGAAGUGAUGCAACAAGAGCCUAUUGUACUUCCUGCCUGGGAUCCAAUGGGAGCCCUGGCAUAACCACAGAAAUCCAGGUUUUAGCCUUGACCUCUGGUCUGACCUCUGACUCGGCCCUCUUUCCACGGCUGCUUUUACCUCUCCAACAUUUACCCAACAGCCUCUUCUUCUAGACAAAAUAAUAAAGAUUUUGAUUUCUUUUUUUA